AUGAGUGCUCAAAGCAAGGAAAUUGUACCUGUCAAAGAAGUGGGCUAUCGGAUGAGUGCAAUUCUUGUGGAAAAAUGUCCGGUGGAAGCGGUUCCUCUGUCAUCGACUAAACGUGGAAAAAAAACAAGCUGGACGAGAGCAUCAAAGACUAAUGUUUCCCAUCCACGAGUGAAGCCAGCAUAUUGCCGCAGUGCCGCAGUCACCUACUGUUCUGGUACCUGGAGACGAGCAAACGCUCGAUACCGUUCCGGUUGCUAUCAACGCGGAGAUGCAAGUGGAUAUCGCGACACGAUGUACUUGAUAGAAAAUCAAGAUACCGAAGGGGCGAAGACCAAACUUGGUCAAAUGUUGUUGAAGGCCAAAGAGCUACUACGUGAAUGCACUGGGUCAUAUAAUUUCCAAGGACUACCUAGAAGAAGAGAUUUUCGCCAUCCAGGCCGACCGAGAAAUACCACCAAGCAAUUGCAAAAGGGAAAUUUGCGGGCCAGUAUCGAGCAUUUGAAAAAGAGAAGCACUCGAAAUCGAGCUGCAAAACUUCCUCCAGCGUUUAUUGUAGAGGAUAUUGAUGAGGAUUGUGUCAUCAUCUUUUCAACUAAGGGACUUUGUGGACCUCGCAAAGACCGGUUUAUGCAGCCAGUGAGAUCAGCUUUUCCUGAUGUGAUGGAUGUCGUUCGAGCUGGUGACAACGUAUGGUUUUUAUGUGAACGUUUACGAGUGGAAAAACUCCUAGUAAAUAGUGAGAUCAGUGCUCUUCAAGAUCUCCAUAAUGAAAUAAAUAACAAGUUCCUACACCUGGGGUUACUUUCAUGGAAUAACAAGCAGCAUCAGCUCCUUCUCCAGCGUCUUGUGAGCUCACAUAGCAGCGUUUCACAAGAUAACACUUGCGCAUUGUCGUCACAGCUCGACUUGGCUGUAGUGGAAGAAGCCUACAGGAAGUUGGGGCAUCAUCACUCAUCAUUCCGACGUUUCCUAUCUCUUCUGUUUUCAUCCCCGUUAUGUACAGCAGAACUUCUCAAUGCAACGGAGCAAAGUCAGGAAGUUCCGUGCGAUGAGAGUAUACAAGCAGUUUUUGGGCUUCUUUAUGGCAACUGCCUCUUUCCGCCUGAUGAGAAAGCUGUUUUAGAGACCUUAGUGUGUUUGAUGCGAGUACAGAUCCUUUCACAUUCUAACCCACGCCUUGUUAUUCGCAAAGGUACUGCAGCAUUUCCUCGUUUAUACAAACUGUAUAGCGAGUCUUUGUAUGCAACCAAGAUCUUCCUCACUGCUGCUCUUCAUGACUCUGUGAUGUUGGUACUUUGCCAGGACGAAGUUUUUCUUGAUAUCGAUCCCGCCAAGUCCCCACUGAGAUUUCCUAGUGCUGAUCGGGUUCGCAGGUUUGGCGAUGAUCCAACAAGCACGCAGUACCACAAGAGGGUAGCUGCUCAUCGCAAGCUUAUCGUUGAGAAACUGGUCCUGUUAGCUCAUAGCUUCAUCAAGGGGAUCUGUGAUGCCAUAUCUUGUUUUCCUAGCGGUCUGAUCUGGUUAGUGCAGCAGUUGAACACGGCAUUGACUGAAGUUAAAAGGCUGCCGGUUGAUGAGGCUGCUCUCAUAUGUACAGACCUUAUCGUAACUAACUUACUGUGUCCUGCUAUCACCAAUCCCGAAAACAUCGGAAUAAUAAGUGAUACACCAAUUAGUCACAUCGCUCGUUUCAAUCUAAUGCAGAUCGGUCAGAUAAUCCAGACUCUUGCGCUAAGUCGUCAUGAAACCCCUCAGCCACAUUUCCAAAUUUUUAUGUCUCAAUUCAAGGAUAGUCCUAUCUGUGAACUUAUUGGCACACUCCUUGCUCGCUCUCUUGGCUCUCUCGAUUCGCUCUUCCCUCCUGUUCUGUGCGAAUCUCAUCGAACAACAGAGUUAUUACGUCGCCCGUACUUUAUCGGAUCAAUAGCUGAAGUCAAUACUUUGGCAUCAAUCUUGCAUUCAAAUGCUGUAAACAAGGUGUCUGCUAAUGAACUUCGUGUGGAACUGAACGAAUUGCGCAACCGACUGCCCAAGUCUUUUUCAUCGAACAUUGCUGUAGAUGCAUCAAAGGCAUUGACUGAGCCGUCAUCCUCUUCGCAUCCAAGACAGAAUGCUGUGAAGGUUUUGUCAGACAAAGUGCAUAUCUCGUCGUCAAAUUCGCCACCACAUGGUUCUUAUCGUUCAAACGCACCUAACACUGAGGCUAUGUAUCCUCCGGAGUACUUCGAUGUUGUGGUCUUUCACAGUGAAGCACAAUCUGAUCCUGUUGGGUUAAUCCCAGAGGAGAAGUUUAUGGAAAGGUUGGCAAGCGAAACCGUAGUGAAGAAGAGUACUGGAGGGCAGAAGCGGACGCGCUUUGUUGAAACUGGAAGUACCAUUGAGUCAGCCAUAUCCGAUCGUACUCCAGACAACGCCUCUGAUAUAGAGGACACUGGAGAACAGCAUGAGGUUGGAUCGAUAUCUAGUAGCCAAGAAGCACCUCAAGACAGGAUGCUCUUGCUCGACGAAGACGGAGCUUCGACUAUCCCGGACAACGUUUCUGAUGACGAUGAAAAUGGCUUGAGUAUACAUGGUUCUCCAAGCUUCGACGGGCUCGAAUCACCAUUCAGCCAAGCGCCCAGCCAAGGGCUGCGGGAUGGUCAUGAAAACGAUAUUGGUGACGCAGGCGCAACGUCCACUGCUGCGGGUUCCGAAAUUGAUACCAGUCAUCGAGUACUCCCGACCGUUCCAGUGGCUGUACGCAAACAAAAUGCUGAGGGCCUGGAAGAGAAGUUUGGAAAGUUCACUGUGCCUACAUCGCAGCAGAGUAGAAGAGACGACCAACGAUCGUUACUAUCUGAUAGUUGGUCUACGAAUGUCGUUCCUUCCGAUGAUGAGGGACCGUCUUUGCCACAUCUUCCGAAUGCUGAGGUCGCGGAACUAGGUGCGCAACGAGGACGAGCUGUCAAUCGGACGGGAUCACUCUGUGGCGCGGGAACAGCAACGGAGGAUCGAAGUGACACAUGGUCGCUUGAUGCCAUAGCUAGUGACUCUGAGGCCGACGGUGGUCAUGACCGACUACAUCAGAUAGUACCCUGUGUUAACGUCGAACCACUCGUCGAUGUUCACCAUAGUAACGGCACAAGUGAAGAAUUACGACGCCAGAGUAGUGGCAGCUCGUUCUCUUGCGGUCGUAGUGAAGCAGACUCGGAAGUAAGCAAGGAGGAUCGAAAAACUACGAACGAAUUAAGUGAAGCUCCUAGUAGCUCGAAGCCCAAACAACUGGCCGCGGAACGUUCUGGACCUUCCAGCAUUCGAGCAUCUGCUUUCAGCUAUCCCAAGCGUUCUUCAGGGGCGGCAAACGCCCCCGACGCGGAACCAUUUUAUGGCGGAUCAUCCUCGUCUUCCAGUGCUCAUCGAAAAAAGUUUUCUUUCUUGCAGCAGGGUUUGCAAAAGGUUGGGGACAAAAUGCGAAAAGCAGGCAUGACCGGUCCAUCAUUUCGUCAAUUACCGCAUUCGUCGACUAUCUCUGAUCUUCUCAGCGAAUGGAAUACAUCACGACGAGAGAAUGAGCAAGGCAGCCUUGGUAUCCCGAAUAGUCAAACCAUAUGUCAUAUAUCUGAUCUUCACCAGCCAUCAGCUGAUGACAUUCUUGCAAAGUAUCAACCAGCGGCGUCUACAUUCACUAAUGAUGCUCCGACAUCAACUGAGGUCACUUCAUCAGCCUCCGAAAGUGCGCCGUCCGAGCAAGUGCUUGCAUACUAUUCUUCCGAAAAUCUAACGGAAUGUAGAGCUUUCCUUGACGCCAAGAGGAAGCUGCGUCUCGUACUGAGUAGUGUGGGUAAUGCUCCGAACGUGCCGUUUGAUGAAACUUGCAGAGGUAUCAGGCUAGAGAACGAACGGGAACAACUGGUGCUUCUAUUGCGUACUCUUUUGGCUGAAGCUAUAAACGGCAGGGAACAGGCUCUUGUUGCGCACACAAGAGAGGUCAUGCGUUGUUUGCAGAUCUUCGACAAUAAAGGAAUACGCCAACUAUUGCGGACAAUGAAAGAGGAAUGUAGAAAAAGGUCGUCGUACUUGUUUUAUCUGCAACGGUCCCGAGUAACUCUUCUUCGUCAGUCUGCUUAUGUUGACAAACUAGUACUUAGGAUAGAAAGGGAAAAAUCUUUGGUUGAAGAAUGUCUGGUGGAAGUAUUGGUUCGCUUCUACAUGGAAAAUAAGGAUCAACAAAUAAAGAGAUUUCUACAAGAAUUCGUACUUCUGAAUGCUCAGGAUGAGAAAAUUGAUUGUCUCUUGCGAACGUUAACUGCUAUGUAUACACGCUUGCCAGUGUCGUCCAUGUGGCAAAACGCUCCUCCACAUCUACUCGUUUACGCUAGGAAAACUAUUGAACGUGUAAUAAUGGCUCAAAUUCAUGCUCUGGCCUUCUAUCCCAAUCUAGAUGCCGAUAGACAUCGUGAUGACUUGUUCUCAAAGUCGUUAGCACGACUUGCUCGAUCCACGCAUCCCGAUCAUCCCAUGCUGAAAAUCCCAACUGUACUCCAUGGUGAAGCUCCAUGGUCUUCAGCACAAGCAGAAAUCAGUGUAAUCAAUGCCUACAAGUCUGCUCGUGACAAACUCUCCUGUGUUGUUCGGUGUUGUGAGACAAUAAGCAAUCUUAUCUCAAUGGCACCUGGCAUGGGUGCAGCAGCGGCAGACGAUAUCACUCCCAUCUUAGUUUACGUCAUUAUUCAGGCAAAUCCUCCCUCGUUAUUGUCGAAUGUGCAGUAUAUUCAAGGUUUUGGUGGUUCACUUCUUGAAGGAGCAGAAGGGUAUUGGUGGACUCAGUUUACAGCUGCCAUCGAAUUUGUCAAAACACUCCUUUGAUGUCUUGCUGUGCCAAAUCUACUUAUCUUUGUAAGCAUAGGUUGCUAAAAAUACAAAUGAGAUAGCUAUAUCAUUAGAAGAUCAUCAUUAUAAAAUAUGCAGAUAAUGAAAACGUGUGUCGUGUGAACAGACGCUUUGUAUGGUUAUGGGUUUGAUACGCUUUUGGGAAUAGUUCAUACUCAGGAAGGCUAACAGCUCAACUAACUACCAC